UUCAUCAAAAAAGAAACAAAAAGACUUAAAUGUAGGGUUGGAUUCUGCUUGACACGUGAGCACAAAUGGUUAAUGCCGAUAAAUUACUGUCAUAAUUAUCAAGAGCACAACACAUAUUACAUAAUUCUUAACAACUAUAACGAACUUUGUUAUGUGGGAGAAGACUUUUUGGAAUUAACAACGCCGCAAUGGAUCGAGAAUAACGAAAUAGGUCGUUAUUUUCAUGGAUUUAACGGUGCACAUUACGUACCAAAUAAAAGGUUGGCAAGACUUUACCCUCAAGAUUCUGCUAUAACUGCCAACGUAUAGAACAAGAAUUUUUCUUGUUCAACCGAUUGCCCUUAAACUUCC